AUGCCCGUCGUGUCGCGACUUGUGUCCAUCGUGCUCCGUGUCGCGGAGAUCAUCUGCGCUGCUGUCGUUGCAGGUAUCAUCGGUCACUACCUCGCCUCCUUCAACGACAUCGACCCGUGGCCGCAAGCCCGAUGGAUCUAUACCGAAGUCGUCGCCGGAUUAUCCAUAAUUCUCGGCCUGAUAUGGCUGAUACCGUUCUCUUCCUCGUUCUUCUCCUGGCCAUUUGAUAUCGUCAUCUCGUUGGCUUGGUUCGCCGCGUUCGGUAUCCUCGUCGAUGCGAUCCACAAGUUCAGCUGCGGCAGCAUCUGGCACUGGGGCGGCAUCACCCACAACAACAGCUGCAGCCGAUGGAAGGCCGCGGAAGCCUUCAGCUUUAUCUCCGCCAUUGUCUGGCUUGUUUCCGGCAUCGUGGGAAUCUGGUUUACUUUCCGCGUCAGAAGAUCCACCACCGAUGCUGCCUACACUGGCCGUCGCCGUGGCUUUUUCAGGCGAUCCGCCGUCUAA